AUGGGUAGCCUACAGGAGGUCUUCGUUGGCUCCAUUGAUCAGGGGACCACCAGUUCCCGUUUCUUGAUCUUCAACAAGGCGGGUGAGCCCGUUGCCUCACAUCAGAUCGAAUUCACACAGAUCUAUCCUCAACCUGGCUGGCACGAGCAUGAUCCGCAGGAGAUUGUGACUUCGGUCGAAGAAUGCAUCAACGAGGCGUGCAAGCAAUUUGAGAAUCAAGGCCACAGCUUGAGUAGCAUCAAGGCUGUUGGCAUCACCAACCAGCGCGAGACCACUGUCCUGUGGAACAAAGAGACUGGCGAACCACUAUACAACGCCAUUGUCUGGACCGAUACACGCACGCAAGGAUUGGUGCGGAAACUGAAGCAUCGUCUCGGCGCCGACAAGCUCAUGGAGAUCUGCGGUGUACCUCUGUCCACAUACCCCUCCGUAGGCAAGCUUCUGUGGCUGCUUGACAACGAACCAAAGGUCCGAGCUGCAUAUGAAAAGGGAGUUUUGGCGUUUGGUACCGUUGACUCUUGGCUGGUGUUCAAGCUCAAUGGAGGCUUGAAAAGGAACAUCUUCGUCACGGAUCCCUCCAACGCUUCACGAACUAUGUUCAUGAAUAUCCACACACUGAAGUACGAUGAGUCGCUGAUCGACUUUUUCAGACUCGACACCAGCAAAAUCCAUCUACCGGAAAUUGUCCACUCCUCAGACCGUCAUGCAUAUGGCACCCUGAUAUCGACUGCUUUGAAAGGAGUUCCUAUUACCGGCUGCUUAGGUGAUCAGUCCGCAGCUCUCGUGGGCCAGAAAGGGUUUGCUCCUGGUAUGGCGAAGAACACGUACGGCACCGGUAGCUUCAUUCUCUACAAUGUGGGAGACAAGCCAGUUAUCUCCACUCACGGUCUCUUGACCACGGUGGCGUACGACUUUGGUGGCAAGAACAAGCCCAAGUAUGCCUUGGAAGGUAGCAUUGCGGUUGCAGGAUCAAGCGUUAAGUUCCUCGUUGAUAACUUUGGCUUCAUCGAGUCAUCCAGCAAGGUCAGCCAACUGGCUGAGACCGUCGACGACAACGGUGGUGUCACAUUCGUGACUGCCUUUAGCGGACUUUUUGCUCCGUAUUGGAUCGACGACGCUCGAGGCACCAUCUUCGGUAUCACAGCAUACACCAAGCGAGGCCACGUUGCCCGGGCCACUUUGGAGGCGACCUGCUUCCAGACCAAGGCUAUCCUGGUGGCCAUGGAGAAGGACAGUGGACAUAAACUGGCCGAAUUGGCCGUGGACGGUGGAAUGUGUAACUCUGAUCUUACCAUGCAGAUCCAGUCCGACCUCGUCAGCAUCCCUGUCAGACGGCCGGCCAUGCGCGAAACCACGGCUCUGGGCGCGGCCAUCGCUGCCGGUAUCGCAGUCGAUGUGUGGUCAGGCAUCGAUGAACUCAGGAAGGUCAACACUGAAGGAAGCACGACUUUCAAGCCCAGCAUCAGCAAGGAGGACAGUGCUGCCCGAUUCGCUCGCUGGGAGAAAGCUGUUGAAAUGAGCAAGGGAUGGGCUCAAUGA